GGACAUAAGUGAUAUUUGUCGGUCUAUAAAGAAACUUAUGGGUACGUUACUGAAGCAACGAGGAAAACUUAAAGUUGUAGGGUAGGAAGCCUGCAAUGGUAGGUGAACUUGCAUAAACGUAACAUUUCGAUUUUGAUAAUCGAAUGAGAUCUGCAUAUCUCACAUUAAUCAUCUAUACGUACUAUAUAUAUGUGCACUCUUAGACCUUAGCUAAAAGCAGAUACAUACAUUCUAUGACCAGAGCUGAGGUUCCUUAUUUAUUAGCCUCCAGAGUUCAUAUCUAUAAUAGUUGGAACUAAUUAUAUUAGCUAAAGAUGGCUGAUAUAAGUGGAAAGCUUAGCGUAGAAGUGGAAGUGAAGGCCCAUGCUGAUAAGAUGUGGGAAGCCCUAAGGGACUUCAUCUUCAUCUAUCCCAAAGCCUUUCCCAAUGACUACGAAAGCGUUGAAGUUCUCGAAGGCGAUGGCAUUGUUGUUGGCUCCGUCCGAUUGAUCAACUACGGAGAAGGUUCGCCAAUAGUGAAGGUGUCGAAGGAGAGGAUCGAAGUAGUGGACCCAUCAAACAGGACAUUUGCUUACAGCAUCAUCGGGGGAGAUCUGCUGGAGUACUACAAAAGCUUCAAGGCUCACGUGACUGUGGUUCCCAAGGAGGAAGGAGGGAGCUUGUUGCAGUGGAGCUGUUUGUACGAGAAGGCCAGUCAUGAGAUUCCCGACCCCUCCGCCAUUCAGACCUUUGCUGAGAAGAACUUCAAAGAGUUGGAUGAGUACCUUGCCAAACAGGCCUAAUUAAUCAUGCACGUACAUCCCAUGCAUAAUUAUAUAUAUGCAUUUGCAAGUUUCAUUUCUCUCAGUGCUGCGUUAAAUAAAAACUGUUGUACGUACUCCGUAUGUAUUUGAGGUAUUUCAAUAUUUCAUGUGUGUUCCUUGUUUAGUGUUCUCAAUAAAACAUGCAAUUCAAGGCUUCAAGCUAGCGUUCGUACGUCA